AUGUCCGGAAUUAGUCCUGUAUCUGGAGAUACCUCCUCCAAACCCAAAUCAUUUCCCGUCGAAUUUCUUCCUUCCAACCUGGCACGUAUUGUCACUCACGUCCAACCAGCUAUUCUUCUAUCAGCAUAUUAUUUUCGAUUCUCUGCGUUGGUCGCAGAUCCUAUACACACACUUUUGCAUUCCUUAUUGCCUGUCGCUUUAUUACAGGUAAUUUAUGCAGUAACAUGUUUACCAGCUGCUGGGUCAAAUAUGGCGAAGAAAUUGAAGCCUGGAGAGAAAAGGAAGGGUGUGGAGGGUGGGGAGGUUAAUCAUAAAAUAUUCACAACCAUAUUCUCCCUCAUCCUAACAGGCACCACGAUCCCCGCCAUCACCGCCCUUCAAAUCCUCUUCGGCGCUCCCUUUACCACUCAUAUAGAACAUACACUUCUUUCGUCAGCGCAUAUUGCUCUCCUAGCACUUUUUCCCCUCUUCUAUAUCCAUGGCGUGGACUCGGUCAGAUGGAUCGAAAUAGCUUCGUUAUGUGCGCCAGUGGAUGAAGUUUUUGGUGCAGCGCUUGGAUGUGCAUUAGGUGCUUGGUUGGGCGCGGUACCUAUUCCGCUGGAUUGGGAUAGGGAGUGGCAGAAGUGGCCGGUUACGGUUGUUACGGGUGCGUUUGGCGGCGGGAGAUUUGGUUUGAUCAUUGUGAGUUCGACUUUGAUAAUUGUUGUUGUAUUCAUUCCUGGAUAUUCGGUACUAGGUGUUGUGUUGGAGUGUUGCGUUAGAGGUACUGCGGAGCUUUUGGGGUUUGGGUAUGGGGGGUUUUGGGGUUGGUGCUUGGGGUUGGGGGAUGAGGGAGAUGGAGGGAAUUGGAGGGUUUCUUUUUAUGUUGAUUUUGCUGACGGUGAUGAUAAUACUGAUAUUGUUUUGUUGAGAGUGAGAAGAGAACAAGAAUAUGAGGAGAAGGAGAAGAGAGGAAGAGAAGAACAGGGGAACAGGGGAUUUGAAUUGAAGUAG